CACGAGCCGAACUGGGCGUCAGGUCGGGGAGCGGGUCGGGUUCCCGCUCGCCGCCGCCACCGCCCCCCGCAGCGACUCUCCCGCCUCUCCCGCCGCGCCGGCCGCAGGAGCUGCAUCGCCAACUCUGCUCGGCCGUAGAGCCGCCGGCCCGGGAGCACAGAGCCCGGGACGCAACACGCCGAGCCCUUCAUCACCUCCAGCCGGGGCGACCCCUCCCGGGUCCGCCCUCGUUCUGCGCGGCCGCCGGAGCCCCCAGCCCUGAGCGGCUCCGCGGCCCGGCGCCCGCAUCCCGGCCCCUGCACUCCCGUAGCCGCCGCCCCCCACCCUGAACAUGGACUCCGACUCUUGCGCCGCCGCCUUCCACCCGGAGGAGUGCUCCCCCAGCUACAAGAGGCGCAGGACUGUGGAGGAUUUCAACAAAUUCUGCACCUUCGUCUUGGCCUAUGCCGGCUACAUUCCUUAUCCGAAGGAGGAGCUCCCUUUGAGGAGCAGCCCCAGCCCCGCCAACAGCACCGCCGGGACCAUCGACAGCGACGGCUGGGACGCGGGUUUCACCGACAUGGCGUCCGCGGUGCCCUUGCCGGUCUCUGACCGCUGCUUUGGCCACCUGCAGCCCGGCCUCCUGCCGCGAGCCAAGCCCAGUAACUUCUUGCUGGACAGAAAGAAAACGGACAAGCUGAAGAAGAAGAAGAAGAGGAAGCGGAGGGACAGUGACGUGCCCGGGAAGGAGGGCUACGUGGGGAGCCUGCUGAAGCUGGAGGCCGCGGACCCGUACGUGGGGACCCCCGCGAGCCCCGCCCUGCAAGGCAUCCCCCAGGCUCCCGGCGACGCCUGCUCGGGCUGGGACUCCGACACUCCUUCCAGCGGGUCUUGUGUCACGGUGUCCCCCGAUCAGGUCAAAGAAAUAAAGACUGAAGGCAAACGGACUAUCGUCCGGCAGGGGAAGCAGGUGGUGUUCCGGGACGAGGACAGCACCGGCAACGACGAGGACAUCAUGGUGGACUCGGACGAUGACUCCUGGGACCUUGUCACCUGCUUCUGCAUGAAGCCAUUUGCCGGCCGCCCUAUGAUCGAGUGUAACGAGUGCCACACCUGGAUUCACCUGUCCUGUGCAAAAAUCCGGAAAUCCAACGUUCCGGAAGUGUUUGUCUGCCAAAAGUGCCGGGACUCCAAGUUCGACAUCCGCCGCUCCAACCGUUCUCGGAUGGGCUCGCGGAAACUGUUUCUGGACUGACUGUCGGUGAGCGAGGAGGCCGCGUGGGCGAGGAGUCGGAAGGGACGCUGGGCUCUUUGGGCCCUCUCUUAGUCGAGCACAGAACUCUCAGCUCUGCGGGCAGACCCCUGCCAUUCAGGUGCCUAAGCAAACGGACAGGCUGUCCAAGGUCUAACCUGUACAUAGUCAGUGACUGAAUAAAAUCCUCGUUGGCCGGAGCCGCUGCUGGAGCCGUGUUCUCUGCAGUGGAGGCGGACUCGGCGCUCUGGUACAGUGGGUUCGGUUCAGCUGAAAAUGAGGGGACGUGGUGGUGGUGAACCCUUGCUGUCGUUGUUAACAAGCCCCCGCCGUUGGGAACGGGCUUGGGCUGUUACCCGCUUCCUGCUGUCUAGGGAGAGGAGACGUUCAAGUUUCCCGGGCCUGUUAGUGAACAGCCAUACGUGUAAGCUUUCUCUCGAGUGUAAGUCUUCGACCAUAAGUGUCUGUACAGCAACCAUUCGGCUGCCCCAACCUUCAUGGUCUGCCCUCUCUCCCUCCAGCUGUGGAUGCUGCCAUCCUCCCCCCACCCCCCUCCCCCACCCCCCUGCUGGCUGCCAGCUAGGGUCCUCUGGUCCCGCUCUGGGAGGAGCCCUGGGGCGGGGACCAGCGAGUGAUCCCUGGGUUUCCUUCUGUUUGUUAAAAAGGGGCAGUGUGUGGCCACUUCUUGGUGGAAAAGGGGUUGGUUGGGGGGGUGGGUUGAGGUGGCCCGUGUUCAUAACUCAGUUUCCUGUUUUGCACGAUGUAAAAAAAAAAAAAAAAACCUGUCUUUUUGCACGAUAUAGCCAAAAGUAUUGGCAGAUUUCUGCCCGGGUGCCCUUUCCGGUUGGUGUGUGAGGUCCUGGGGGUGCCCGGCAAGCUGCUCUCCAGCGCAGGGCACUUGGAUCCUGCCCUCCUCGCCCCCUCUCUACUCCUGUAGCAGCAGAAAAGGCAGGCGGUCACUGGGGAACGGCGUCCUCUACGGAGUGAGGAAAGGAAGGAGCAACCUGAGGGGAGGCAUGUCCUGUGGCCGACUCUCCCCAUGCCCUUCGCACAGGCUGGCCUGCUGGUUUUAUGGGGCAAGGUUAGGAUUUGAAGUUGUGUUUUUGUUUUUGUUUUUGGGGUGAAUUGGUGAGUGAGUGGCUAUGGUAACAUUGGCCUCCAGGAACAUGACAUUGGACGGUGCAAACUCCCUUAGGGCUGAACCAGGACCCUGGACCCGGGAGCCUCCUGGGCAGGCAGCUCUGGGAGUUUGCGCCCGUGGCUCCCACAGGGGACGCUGGCGGCUCCGGGGCCUGAAGGGAGAGGAAGGCUUCCGCUUUCUCCAAAGUUGACAGUACCCUUGAGCAGUUCGAGUACUCUUUUCUCUAAAACGUGGUUUUUUUUUUUUUGUUUUUUUUUUUUGGUAAGUGGAUGGGUGUGUUUUCAUACGCAUUGUUUCUUGUGAAGCGUGGAAAAGGAAGGAUGCCCAACUCGGUGGGUCAAUACUUCCUUACAUUUACAGUUGGGGUGGACCCCCCAGUCUCUCUGCGUGGGUGGGGGGGGGUCUCCGCGUGGCACACUUGUGUGGGGCCACCAGGGGGAUUCUAUUUGUAUUCUCUCCCUUAGGCCCAGUGGGGGGAGGUUGAACUCUAAUUGGCUAAUGGGAGCCCGUUUUCUGUGCAAGUAUCUUUCAUGCUUCACCAGCCAACUACCUUUUGUUUUGUUUUGUAUUCUGUUGCGCAUAUUAACACAGAGAUAGAAAUAGUUUCUGAAACCUAGUUUAUUGUGAAGAUCCCCAAGGGGGACGUUCUGUUGUAGAGAAACAUAGUGAGGAAAGCGGGCUUAGAACCAACCUUCUCCCCGGACAACUGUCUGGCUCUGAUGAGGGCAAACGUCCAGGAAAAGUUGGAGAGGAAUUUGCCAAAGAUCUGCCUCCUGACAUCGCCUGUCCAGUGUCUUCACCAUGAGAAUAGCCAAAGUUCCAAAGUGUUUUUUUUUUCUUUUUUAAGAAAAACUCCACAAAGUUUUAAAAGUGCAUGUAAGAAUAUGUAUGAUUUUACAGUGGACCCACCAGCCCGGGCGACUGCUGUUACCACUUUUAGAGGGGUCAGUGCCUGGUGACGCCUCUGGAAGGUACUUGGUACUCAUUUUGAUUUGUUUCCUUCAUUUCCUUUUUGUUCUUUGAAUAGAUCCAUCAGUCCCUGUGGGUGGUGUCUAGGAAGUCAAGACACCUUGGUUUUUGUGUUAGCUUGAGCUGGGCAGCUGCAAUCAGCUUUAUGCAAAUUCGGCAUGGCCCAUCUAGGGGCUCCGGGUUGGUGGCUGAUAAAGGGAGGGGAGGGAGAUGUCACCCCAGAAGUAAGCCCCUCGCAUAGGCAUUGGCCAGGCCAGACACUUAACAUCGUUUACAUGGUUCUGUGUAAUUAUAAAGUUUAUGUGUAUAAAGCGAAGCUGUUUCUGUGAAACUGUAUAUUUUGUAAAUAAAUAUAUUGCUACUUUGA